AUGUGGGCGACCGUGACGACGUCUCAAACAAGCACCGUCACCACGACCAGAGUUACCCAGGCCACUACCACCAAGGCCACGACAGUAACAACCAUUCCUACAAGGUCAAUCUAUGUCGUGACCACGGUUACAGCAUCCCAGACUGUGACGACGCCGGCUGCUGCACCGGCCGUCUCGACCGUCCAGGUUAAUCCAGCAGACGUUACCGUGAUCAUUGUAUCUCAAGUUAUUCUUUCAUCAACGUCAACCUCCACAGUUCAAGUUACCGUCACGACGGAGGAGACUGUGACCUACACAUGA